GAUGGUGAAUCCGAUAUUUUCGUCGGAGAAGCCGACGGACACACUGCACCUCGUUUCUGAAAGUAAACAAUUGUAAAUAUUUUCCAUUUGCCGCUAAAUUACUGCAACAUGUCCAUGCAAAAGGCCAAAAUCAUCGACCAGAAGGAGUACCUCAAGAAGUACCUUUCCGGCGACAAGGAGAAGAAGAAAAAAAAGAAGGAGAAGAAGCAUAAGAAGGGCACCAAAGUGAAAAUCAUUGAUGACGACGCUUACGAUGAGGACAACCGGGAAAUGGACGAGGAUCUCCUGUUGGGCGGUGAGGACGCGCCCCAAAUUGUGGGCGAGUACAUCGAGGACGAUCCCAACGUGCGCAGCAAGUGGCGCAACAUCGCCGUCAAAGACGAAAUCAAAGAGGAGCUAGGGGCGGAAUCUUCGCCAGCGUCAGCGCCUGCUAUCCGCAUCAAACAAGAGCCGCUGGACGAGGAAUCGGGCAUGUGGGGACGAAAAGCCACUAGCACUAAAAUUAAAGAUGAAUUCUCUCCCUCCAGACGGAACCCUCCCGUUAAAAUCAAGCAGGAGAAACGCAGCAGCUCCAGGGAUUUGAGUCCAGUGAGGUCGCCCACGAGGAGAGGAGGUAGUCCAGAUCAGAGCCCACCGAGGCAAAGAGUCCCAGAUAAGUCGCCACAGCGUAGGAAGCGCAGGGACUCUGAUCAGAGCCCUCCAAGGCGGAGAAGAGAUGCCGAGAAGUCGCCACAGCGUAGAAGCCGCAGGGACUCUGAUCAAAGUUCUCCCAGGCGAGGAAGGGAAGCAGAUCAGUCUCCACAGCGUAGGAAGCGCAGGAACUCUGAUCAGAGUCCUCCAAGGCGAGGAAGAGACGUGGAUCAGUCGCCACAGCGUAUAAAACGCAGGGACUCUGAUCAAAGUCCACCCAGAAGAGAAAGGAAUGGUGAUCAAACGCCCCCCAGAAGACAAAGAGACGCAGUCCAGUCACCAGCCCGAAGAAGAAAGGAUUCCGACCAGAGUCCGCCUAGGAAACGAAGGGAUAAGGUCCAAUCACCACCUAGGAAGCGUAGAGACUCCGACCAAAGUCCUCCGAGGCGUACCAAAGGUGACUCCGUCCAAAGCCCACCCCGGAGGCGCAAGGAUAGAGAUUCAUCUCCACCUAGAAGGCAAAAGGAUUCCGAUCUAAGCCCACCCAGAAGACGCAAAGCCCAAUCUCCACCAAGAAAGAGGGAAAAAGAUGCCGACCAAAGUCCACCAAGGCGACGUAGAGAUGAUGACCACAGCCCACCAAGAAGACGCCGCUCCGUCAGCAGAGAUCGAAAGCCGUAUCGAGAGCACAACCCUUUCAAAAAAGAAGAGGGCCGCGAGAGGAAAAGCCGCUGGGCAAAGAACUCAGCCAGCAAGUCCCCGUCUCCGCCUCCUACGCACAAACCCAAAUCCACCAAGACCCUGGAUGGCAAGAAGGCUGGUCUGCAGGAUGCGCAGGCCCUGAAGAAGGAAACAGACGAAAGGCGAAAACGAGAGCACGACCUAUUCGAACAGAUGUCCACCGAGGUUUCUGGCCGGGAUGCUGAGAUUCAGAUGCGCAACACCGGCCGGAAGGGACGCCGAGCCCGUGAUGCGGCCAACGAAGAUCCCGCAGAGCGUCGACGCAAGGAGGAGCACGAACAGAAAAAGAAGGAACUGUAUGAUAAAUGGGGCAAGGGUCUGAAGCAAAUAGAAGACCAAAAGACCCGACUUGAGGAGAUGGCUCACGAGGCCGCUAAGCCUGUGGCUCGAUACGCCAACGAUGAGGACUUGGACAGGCACCUGAGGGAGCAGGAGCAUGCUGAUGACCCCAUGCUGGAGUACAUGCGCCAAAAGCGCAAGAAAAAGGAGGAGAAAUCUAACAAGCCGGUGAUGCCCAAGUACGAGGGAAGCUAUCCAGAGAACCGUUUUGGUAUACGACCAGGCUACCGAUGGGAUGGCGUGGAUCGGUCCAAUGGCUACGAGAAGCGCUGGUUCGACAAGCAGAACGAGCGCAAGGCGGUGCAGGACGAGGCUUACAAGUACAGCGUGGAGGACAUGUAGAUUUACUUAUGAAUAUUUGCAAUAAAUAUUUCACAACUGCCUGUAAACUGUAAUAAUUAAAUUACAUCAUGUUUUCCAAAUUACAAUCUGAAAUUUUUUAAAAGAUUUCAAUAUUCUUAAAAUAAUAACGAAAUUGCAUGCAUGGUGAAAUAGGAGAAAAAAUUUGUUGAUAGUCUGUUACUUUACGGAUUUUCAAUAAAUGAAGUUUUCUAAUUAAAAUUUAAUAUUAA